UCAGUCUUCGUUUUGCCUCCGAGUCGUGCGGUCAGCAGCUAAAACCGGAAACGGAAACUAAUCCUGGCCAGUGCUGCCUCGGCCGCGAUGUGGCUGCAAUCACUUCGAUAGCGAUUCAGAAUCCGCUUCGAUUAGAAUUCAGAAUAUAUAGCUGAAAGUUAGGGCAGCGCAGGGUCAUUAUUCCAAUCCGGCCGGAGAGUCAGUUUUUAAAAGUAGGACUCUUAAAGCUACGGAGUUUUCGUGCGCUCGUUUCCGUUUUUGUUUUCGUGUCGCCGCGCGUGUGUGUGUGUGUGUGUGUGUCUGUGACAGUGUGUGGGUGAGUGUGCCGCUGUGUGCGUGGCAUUGUCGCUGCUCUCCGGGCGAAAAUCGGGAUACAUUUCCGUAGCCGCACUGCUGCAGAAACAGCAACUGAAGUGACACACAGCAGGCGGCAGAAGGAGAAGGCAAAUAAAACACAAACAGAAAUAGAUAUAGAUAUAGAAGUUGAAGUGCAAAUAGAUUGGAGCAAACAAAAGACACACACAUGAGCUGUGUGUCCCAAAUAAAAUCACAUAAAAUGCGACGAAAUCUGCAGCAUGCAUUAAACAACAGCCUGGCAAACAUACAAUAUUCAAACUAAGUGAGCUCUCGAGUCUGGCAAUUCGCAAGGAAGUGCAACACCGAUAAGUCUUGGUCCUCCGAACCGGAUCCUGGAGAGAUGCCGUCACUGGAACCCUGGCUGUGGGGCGACUCCUGUUCCUGGCUGGGGAUGCUGGCGAUGCUGCGGCUUCGGCUGCAUAAAUCAAACAUGGACUUCACGUGCCUCUUCUGCUGCAGCCUGGCCUUCGUCUUGUAUCUGAACACUCUGGGCGCUGGCUUCGUCUACGACGACAGGCGAGCCAUUCUGGCAAAUGCGGAUGUCUCGGGCGGAACUCCCUGGCAGCGGAGCUUCUCGAACGACUUCUGGGGCACUCCGCUGACGGACAGCGGAUCCCACGGCUCCUGGCGACCGCUGUGCGUGCUCAGCUUCCGGCUGAACUACCUCAUUGGCGGGGGCUUUGCGCCCUGGGGCUUCCACCUGGUCAACAAUCUGCUCCACUGCGUCGCCACGGCUCUGGUGGUGCGGGUGGCGCGCACCCUCCUGGCCUCCGUGUGGGCAGUCCUGGCCGCAGGCGCGCUCUUCGCCGCCCACCCGAUCCACACGGAGGCGGUGGCCGGAGUGGUGGGACGGGCGGACCUCGCCGCCUGCGUCUGCUACCUGCUCACGUACCUCAGCUACUUGCGGCACAUGAGGUGGCGCGAGUCCGGAGAUCCGCGCCAGUGGCUGGCCCUUGGAGCCACUUUGAUCCUGGCUGCAGCCGGCCUACUCUGCAAGGAGACGGCUAUUACGGCGCUUCUGGUCUGUGCCCUCUUCGACGUGAUGCGCGGUCUCAGCGGACAGGUGGACAAGCAACGUCUACGAUCCGUGUGCAUAGUUCUUGGAGCUCUGUUCUGCAUGGCUUACUGCCGCCUAGUGAUUGUCCCUGGACCGCAGACGGCCUUCUCCAGCGCGGACAACCCGAUCGCCAGGACUCCGUCCGCCUGGACGAGAUUGCUGACCUUCCUCUACCUGCCCGUCUUCAAUCUGCGCCUGCUGCUCCAGCCAAACGUGCUGAGCUUCGACUGGGGCAUGGAUGCCCUGCCCAGAGUCACUUCUUUGUGGGAUCGCCGCAAUGCACAGUCCGCCUGCUUCUACUCUGUGCUGGUGGGCGUCGCGUGGGGCAGCUGUAGACAACUGCUAAGCGGGUCAAAGGAGGUGACCCACUGUGGAGUGAGCUCAACCUUUCCGCAGUAUCACAUCCAGAAGGUGGCCAGUCGCAAAUCGCGCUCCAAGCGCAAGCGGUUGGCCAACAACACCAAGUACCAAGCCUUUGAGGCAGCCUAUCAUCAGCAACAGCAGGAAGCGCUUCCAUGUCGCGAUUGCAACAACAAUAACAGCAGUGGCUACGUCUACGAGGGGAGUUCCCCCGUUGCACAAGCCCCAGCCCAAGCCCCUCACCUUGUGUCUUCCGCCUUUCGCGGCUCCCGCAGCAGCAGCAGUUGCAGCAACAGCACAAAUAGCUCCAGUUCCAGCUCCUCCAGUUCGAGUUCCAGCAGCAGCAGCAGCUCCAGCCUGAGUGGCGGCUUCCAGUGCUCCUCCAAGGAUUACGCGCUGGAGGGGAUGUCGCCCGCCAAUCGGCACGCUUGUGUGCUGAUCAUGUCGCUUAGCUUCCUGGCAUUGCCCUUUCUGCCUGCCAGUAACCUGCUGUUCUACGUGGGAUUCGUGGUGGCCGAACGACUUCUGUACCUGCCCAGCGUGGGAUUCUGCCUGCUGGUGGGCUACGGGGUCUCCAAGCUAAUGUCCUGCAACCAGAGGACCCGCAAUAUCCUGCUUCUAAGCUUCAGUCUCCUCCUGGCCGCCAUGAGUCUGCGAACGUUGCGGAGGAACGCCGAUUGGCGGGACGAGGAGAGCCUCUACCGCAGCGCCAUUGCCAUCAAUCCGCCAAAGGCGUUGGGCAAUCUGGGCAGCGUACUGAGCUCACAAGGGCGAUACGAGGAGGCCAAACAGGUCCUGCAGGAGGCCAUUCGGUUCAGGCCCAACAUGGCGGAUGUGCACUUUAACCUGGGCAUCCUGCACCAGAAUCAGCAGGUCUAUCCCGCAGCUGUCGAGUGCUUUCAGCGCGCCAUCAAGUUUCGACCGAAUCUGGCAGUGGCGUACCUCAACCUCGGCAUAUCAUUUAUAGCGCUGGGCAAGCGCCAGCAGGCCAUCGAAAUUCUGCAGGCGGGCUCCAACUUGGAUGGGGCUGCUGUUCGUGAUCGAACUGCUCACGAUCAGGCUCGCAGCUCGGCCUACCUGCAGUUGGGAGCCCUCUACGUGGAGCAGGGAAAACUUCAACGGGCCCUGGCCAUCUACCGAGAGGCCCUGUCAUCGCUGCCAGGACUGCCGCAGCAGCGUGAGAUUCUCUACCAGCGGAUCGGCGAUGUCCUCGGUCGCCUUCAGCAGUGGGACGAGGCGGAGCGACACCAUCGCGCCGCCCUCGAGCUGCAGCCCAACCAGGUGGCUGCUCAUCUCUCCUAUGGCAUCACACUGGCCAGAAAUAGCAGCCGCGCCUCGGAGGCGGAGAUGUGGUUCAAGCGAGCAUUGAAAUUGGCGCCCGAGCAGGCCAGUGUCUAUCAUCAUUAUGCCGAAUUCCUCUCGCUGCAGUCGCGACAUCAUGAGUCCGCCAUCUACCAUCGCAGAGCCGCGGAACUGGCGCCCAACGAUUAUACUUUGGUGGUGGCCGCCGCCACCGCAAUGCGACUGUUGGACAGAAAAGUGGAUGCGGAAAUGUGGUACAGAAAGGCUGUGGCCCUGCGACCAGGCGAUGCCCAUGCUCACACUAAUCUGGGGGCCAUACUGCAUCUGCUGGGACGCACGAAUCACGCGGCAGCUAGCUAUAAGGCGGCCCUGAGACUUCAGCCCGGUGAUGCCAUCACGCUGGGCAAUCUGGCCAAGCUGGGUGUCACGAAUGUCUAGCAACUGUAGUGGCCAGCCAGCUAACAUUUAAGUUUAUAGGCCAAAAAGAGCAGAGAUAUUUUUAUAUAGGAACGGUAGAGGCAGGAGGGGCGGGGCUGGAUAAGCAUUAGAUAACUCUACAGAAUUUAUACAAAGGACUUCGAUACAUAUGUAUAUCAUUAGCAGCUGGCAGCCGUGUAAAUAUCCAAGCAGCGACCAAAGAAUGUCACAAAAUAGAUAGAGAUACCAAGAUACCGAGAUACCGAAACGGAUCGGAAAGAUGGAAAGAUACAGAUACAGAUGGAAUCGGUGGAGAAGCGACAGAGAGAACAAUAAUUAAAAUAUCUAACUGUUAAGGGGAAGAGUUACUGUACAGCUAUAGGAGCAAAGUGGAUCCGUGGGAACGAUAAUUGGGUAACUACUCGUAAUGUGCUUAAAUAUCCGUGUAAAAUACUGUAAAUAUGUGGACACCCACAGGCACCAAGCGAGCUGUGGGUCAUAUUAUUGACUAUAUAUAUAUAUAUAUACGAUAUGAAUUGGCUUCUCGAGAUUGUUUUGUCCGUUGUGUGUACAUUUUAGUUAAGCGAAUAAAGAUACCGAUCAAGAAAUGUAUGCAUUGUAUAAAGAUAUGGCAAGGAGCAUAUAAUAAAAACAACAAAUUGAAAUG